CACUCCAUCAACACAUCCACCACCCAAUCCACCACCCAAUCCACCAACACAUCCACCACCCAAUCCACCAACACAUCCACCACCCAAUCCAGCAACACAUCCACCACCCAAUCCACCAACACAUCCACCACUCAAUCCACCAACACAUCCACCACCCAAUCCACCAACACAUCCACCACCCAAUCCACCACCCAAUCCACCAACACAUCCACCACCCAAUCCACCAACACAUCCACCACCCAAUCCACCACCCCAUCCACCAACACAUCCACCACCCAAUCCAUCAACACAUCCACCACCCAAUCCACCACCCCAUCCACCAACACAUACAAAUCCACCAACACAUCCACCACCCAGUCCACCACCCAAUCCACCAACACAUCCACCGCUCAAUCCACCACCCAAUCCACCACUCAAUCCACCGCUCAAUCCACCACCCAUUCCACCACUCAAUCCACCACCCCAUCCACCACCUAA